UUGUUGCCAGGGGGCGGAACCUCUCGGAACUUCCCGCAUCAGCACACAGCCCCAUACUUUUUAAACAACGUUUCAACUUGCCAGAAUCCUUGUGCCAACACUCACUGGGCCAGGGGCGGGACAUCAUUUGCAUAUCGUCUCUCCCGGCCUGCCUGGGGUUGGGUUGAUUCCAGGGGGGAGGGUAUUUGCCCCCAUGGAAUCAGCUGACCCGCACAGGGCUGGGAGCGUCGGCCGAGCAGGAAGGAGUAACCUGAAGAGCCCAAGUCCCCCUGCCGGGAACUAGCCCAGCUGGAGCAUGGCCAACAAGACCAAGCCGCGGAUCUUGCCCUGGCUGCGGGAGCAGCUGGACUCGGGCUUGCUGGGUGCGACCUGGAUCGAUGCAGAGCACACGCGCUUCUUUAUCCCCUGGAAGCACGGGCUUCGCCAGGACUUGCAGCAAGAGGAUUUCCGCAUCUUCCAGGCAUGGGCGGAGGCCAGCGGCAGCUAUCGGCCUGGCAUCGAUGUGCCGGACCCAGCCACGUGGAAACGGAAUUUUCGGGCAGCCCUAGACCGCAAGCAGAACCUGCGCGUGGUCAGCAACCACAGUCGGGACACUCAGAAUCCACACAAGAUCUACGAGUUCUUGUCAGAGGACGGGGAGGGCUGCGAGGCCGGCCGGGCUGCUGAGCACGAGGACCAGGAAGACACCAUCCAGGAGAUCCUGGAGGCCCUGACACUGUCCACUCAGCAGCAGCAGCAAUUUCAUGGAGACUUCAGCCCCAACUCCUUCCUGGAGCAGCUCCCCCAGACACCAGAACCAGCCUUGUCCUGCAACCCCUUAAUGCCGAUUUUUGCCAGCGGCUUCCAGACCGAGUAUGAGGUGACAGCCUUCUAUCGGGGGCGCCAAGUUCUUCAGAAAUGCCUCUCUUGCCUCAAAGGCCUCCGGUUGGUAGGGCCAGGACCUGGGGCUGAGACUUGGAUGGAGCUGGAUGGGACAUCACUGGCCCUGCCUGAGCCCAGCAGCGCCCUCACUGACCAGCGGACAGCGUACUACGUCAGCAGGGUGCUGGGCAGCCUUGGGGCUGGGCUGGCCCUGUGGAACUCCCAGACUGAAUUCAGGGCACAGCGCUUGGGCCACUGCGGGACGUACUGGACCCUGGGAGAGCAGGCAUCCCCUGGGGCCACAGGGAGGGAAGUGACAAAGGAAAGAGAUGGCCAGCAAGUCUGCUCCAUUCCAGAGUUCGUGAAUGACCUGAUCUCCUUCCUGGAAGGCAGUCACCGCUCGCCCCAGUACACUCUCUGGUUCUGCCUAGGGGAAUCUUGGCCCACCAAUUCACAGCUAUGGACCAAGAAGCUUGUCAUGGUCAAGGUGGUGCCCACUGCACUGAGGGCACUCCAUGAGGUGGCCCAGGCUGGGGGAGCAUCGUCACUGGAAGAGGAGGUGGAUCUGCACAUCUCUGGCAGCCUUUCCCUGUCCCUGGCACCUGCCCAUCUCCACGGCUACCUGCAGGGGCUGGCCCACAGCAUGCAGUGGGAGUCGGGGGCUCACUGCUGAGCUCUCCCCUCUUCUCAGUCCGGAUCCAGUGCCUGGCCACACUCCCUUCUCCAGUCUUGGGGACCCCAGGGCAAAAGCCCUUUCUCUGAGCCUGUACACUGCCUCCAAAAUAAAAGGGCUGACGUGGGUCUCGUGAGUCGC